GUUUGAUUGUUUUCUUUUUCAGGUUAUGGGGUUUGGAUUGUACCUGAUGGAUGGAAGUGUCAGUAACAUCUAUAAGCUGGAUGCAAAGAAAAGGAUAAAUUUAGCCAAGAUAGACAAGUUCUUCAAGCAGUUGCAGGUUGUCCCACUGUUUGGUGACAUGCAGAUUGAACUUGCAAGAUACAUUAAGACCAGUGCCCAUUAUGAGGAAAAUAAAUCCAGAUGGACAUGCACGUCUUCCAGCAGCAGUCCCCAAUACAAUAUAUGUGAGCAGAUGAUCCAAAUCAGAGACGACCAUAUGCGUUUCAUAUCAGAACUGGCUCGUUACAGCAACAGUGAGGUGGUGACUGGGUCUGGUCGACAGGAAGCUCAAAAAACAGAUGCGGAGUAUCGGAAGCUCUUUGAUCUCUCUCUCCAAGGUCUGCAGCUUCUCUCUCAGUGGAGUGCACAUGUCAUGGAAGUGUAUUCAUGGAAGCUGGUACACCCAACUGACAAAUAUUCUAAUAAAGAUUGUCCUGACAAUGCAGAAGAGUAUGAAAGAGCAACAAGAUACAAUUAUACUAGUGAGGAGAAGUUUGCUUUGGUUGAGGUGAUUGCCAUGAUCAAAGGUCUUCAGGUGCUGAUGGGAAGGAUGGAAAGUGUUUUUAAUCAUGCCAUUCGCCAUACCAUUUAUGCAGCUCUUCAGGACUUUGCUCAGGUCACGCUUAGAGAGCCGUUAAGACAAGCCAUUAAAAAGAAGAAAAAUGUCAUUCAGAGUGUCUUGCAGGCCAUCAGAAAGACAGUCUGUGACUGGGAAGCGGGUCACGAGCCGUUCAAUGACCCAGCUCUAAGGGGAGAGAAAGACCCCAAAAGUGGUUUUGACAUCAAAGUCCCAAGGCGUGCAGUGGGACCCUCCAGCACUCAGCUUUACAUGGUGAGAACUAUGUUAGAGUCCCUCAUUGCUGACAAAAGUGGUUCCAAGAAAACCUUGAGAAGUAGCCUUGAGGGGCCCACCAUAUUGGACAUAGAAAAAUUCCAUCGCGAGUCUUUCUUCUACACUCAUUUGAUAAAUUUCAGUGAAACCCUGCAGCAAUGCUGUGAUCUGUCCCAGCUGUGGUUCAGGGAAUUCUUCUUAGAGCUGACCAUGGGCAGAAGAAUCCAGUUUCCCAUCGAGAUGUCCAUGCCUUGGAUUCUGACGGACCAUAUUUUGGAGACCAAAGAGGCAUCAAUGAUGGAGUAUGUUCUGUAUUCUUUGGACCUUUAUAAUGACAGUGCUCAUUACGCACUUACUAAAUUUAAGAAGCAGUUCCUCUAUGAUGAGAUUGAGGCAGAGGUAAACCUAUGUUUUGACCAAUUUGUCUACAAGCUGGCAGACCAAAUAUUUGCGUACUACAAGGCAAUGGCUGGCAGCCUGCUUCUGGAUAAACGAUUACGUUCAGAAUGCAAGAAUCAGGGAGCAACCAUUCAGUUGCUACAGUCCAACCGCUAUGAGACACUGUUGAAACAGAGACAUGUCCAACUUCUUGGAAGGUCAAUAGACCUGAACCGACUGAUCACUCAGCGAAUUUCAGCAGCCAUGUACAGGUCAAUGGAACUGGCAAUUGGUCGAUUUGAAAGUGAGGACUUGACUUCCAUUGUGGAGCUGGACGGCUUGAUAGAGAUAAACAAAAUGACUCACAAGCUUCUGAGUAGAUAUAUGACCUUGGACAGCUUUGAUGCCAUGUUCAGAGAAGCCAAUCACAAUGUGUCAGCCCCUUAUGGAAGAAUCACUCUUCAUGUCUUUUGGGAACUCAAUUAUGAUUUCCUUCCAAACUACUGCUACAAUGGAUCCACUAACAGGUUAGUUCACAUUAGUGCUGGUCAGCUGCACAGCCGUGUCCAGGCUGUGCAACAGUUUGUGGAGAAGGAACGGGGAGAUGAGCGAGGGGACGUCUGCAGAUGGACAUUAGCAGUGAAAUCCAAGGGUGUUUUUAAUUCACCUGUUGUCGAUCAGGAAAGAAAGAGAACAAACUUUUGG